UCCACCACUUUAGACAAAGCAGCAGACUUAUCUACUCCAUGACUGUACAAGUUCCUUAAAAGUUGACCUUUAUCCCGCAGAUUCACUUAUAAAUAUAAAAACAGUAGGCUUGCGUAAUUCUGCAUACAGGAUGUGAAAGUGGCUUUUCGUAGAAACUGUAGUUCUUGGAUUGGAGAUUGAGGAAGUUGAAGACAAGCGGAUAUCAAGACGCAAAAAACAUGAAGACGGUGGCUUUUCUCUGUUUUUGUUUCUUAUAUAGGUACACACUUGGUAACUGUCCCAGUAACAGUUUGGAAAUUAAAUCUGUGGAGGAUGUUUAUGAAUUUUUAUGGGAGAAAAAUAUCGACAUUGCUUAUGAGACAAUCCGGGGAGACUUCCUGAUAAAAAUGCAGAAUGGCAGCCUGCAGGCGGAGCGAUACGUCAACUUCACCUUACAGGACAUCAACUACGUACUGAACGUGACGGAAAUGCUGAAGGAAAUGAGUGUAAAAGUAACUCAACCCAAUGACCUCAGGGACUUCAUGAAAGGCAGAUACUCAAGCUACAAACGUUUUGCAGACAUACUGCUUAAUCAAUAUUUUUUUAAGAGCGCUCCUCCCAUCCAGCCAACUCCAGCUAUGAGGAAGUAUCUGUCGUUCUACAGAAACCUGCUGGAAAAAGAAGAUCCGCUGUACUUUGCUGUGGGUCUCCUGCCCUGCUCCAGACUCUGGGUGUGGCUGGGUGAUAAUCUCAGAACACCCCCAACCAAUGCCUACUACACUUGGAAGGUGGAGAAUAUGGGCGGCCAUCCUGAGAAAUACAGAGCUCUGCUGAACAAGUAUCUGAACACAACUGAAAAAGUGUCCAAGGCUAAUACUAUAUUCCGUACACAGAUGCAGAAUGAGCAUGAUUUCUUUUUCUCAUCUUGAGUGGUUAAUUGCAAACGCUGUCUGAGCAAUUCAACUUUUCAUGAAAAAUGUACUUACAUAUUUUCUCCAAAUAUUGAUUGAUGCAUUCGAUAGCUUCUUUUAAGAUUAUGCCUAUAAUAAUUUCAAAAUAACUUCUUAAUAUUCUACCAAGUUUUAAGCUUUUAAUCAUUAAAAACUGUAUUUUUGCAACCACAUUUUUUGGAGUUUACAAACAAUAAUAAAAACAAUAGAAAAAACAAUAUAA